AUGCGUCUUCAGCUCCUUGCCAGUGCCCUGGCACUUUUCGGUUCUUCGGCCGCCUUCUCAGACUCAUCGCCAUGGGUUGUCCUCUCGACCUCCUCCUUCGACCAGAAUAACGCCUCGAAUAUCCAGACGAGUGCCCAAAUCGUCGAGGCCACGAAGAAGGCGUUGCAAUCAUGCCCCACUGAUCGAUACCUGCUCGUCAACCAACCAGGCAUUUCCGCGCUCGAUCUCCAGGCAUCCAAGGAUUGUCGCAUGCCUCAUCUUUGCCAUGCAGUGGAGGACAAGAGCAUCUCCGGCAAGCUGAUGGCGUCCGAGGUCGUUGGGGAUGUCAAGCAUACGGGGCUGGAAGACUUCAUCAAGGAGGCUUGCGCCAAGAAAUCGGGUGUUUCCGUUGAAGCCAUUGAGCUUUCCUCGCCUGCGAAGAACGACCGUGCCGGUUCCCUCGCCCAGAGCGACGCGGCUUUCGCUGCCAAGCUUGAACACCUGAAGAAUGACAAGAGCUACACUGUCAUCUUCUACUCUUCUGCCGUCGAGCCAGUGUAUGAGGCCGACUUCGCCGAUCCUGCCCAUCUGGAGUUGAGGAGAAACGUAGAGAGCCCCGUCCUCCGACGUGAGAAGAAGACCUCUGGUCGGGACAACACGAAUCUAUUCGAGAAGUACCAAUUUUUCACACCAGGCAUCUUCAUGGGUCUCAUUGUUGUCAUUUUCCUUUUUGCCAUCCUGUACGUUGGCGUCAGUGCUCUCGGUAGCCUCGAGGUCUCCUACGGCGCGUUCGAGAAGGACGUCAGCCCUGCUUCUCAGAAGAAGCAGCAGUAA